AUGUGCAUCUUCCUCCCGGACGAGCGCGAUGGCCUAGGGAGCCUGCUGGACAAGAUCACGUCGUCCCCGGGCUUCCUGCUCCAGCACCUGCCACAGUCGACGACGGUGGGGGUCGGCCAGUUCAGGGUGCCCAAGUUCGAGCUCAACUCCUGCAGCAGCGUCACCACAGUGCUCCAAGAUCUAGGUCUCCGGUUGCCUUUCGGUCCAACGGCCAACCUGUCCCAGAUGCUGGAGGACGAUGGCUCCAACUUGCCGUUGCACCUGCAGGAGGUAUUUCAGAAGGCUGUCAUCGAGGUCAACGAGGAAGGAACCAGAGCCGCCGCUGUCACCAUGUCAUUUGGUAAAGCGAAGUGCGGGCGGAGAGUGAAUUUCGUCGCCGACCACCCGUUUGCCUACUUCAUCAUCGAGGAGGGGUCAGAUGCAGUCAUAUUCGCCGGACAUGUUGUCGACCCUAGCAACGGUUCCAGGGUAGUGAUCCCGCCGUUCCCUUCUUCGGUCCAGGAGGACACCACAAGAAAAACAAAAUUUGACGAGGCCACUGAUGAUGUCAACCGCAGAUCCAACAAUACAAAAGUCGCCGACGGGGUUGGUCCAUAUCAGCCGCCAUGGAAAAGAGAGCAAUUAUUACGGAAACUAGCAGCAGAUUUGGUGCACAAGAGCACCGGUGCUCCCAGGUUUCAAAAUAUUUAA